AUGGAGAACGACCAGUCUCCGACAUCACCUGAGCAGGAUACCCAGGGGCAGAGUGGGGACAAACCUGCCCCUGGCUUGGUGUCCCCUGCUCCAGCCCCCACAGAGCACCCAAGUGCCGGGCCCGAAGAAGCCACGUGUGACAUCUCAGAGGAGUUGAGCCGGCAGCUGGAGGACAUCAUUAAAACCUACGGGUCUGCCACGAGCCUGAUGGAGAAGGAAAACACUUCUACAGGAACUGAAAAGCCUAAGAAGGGAGAGCAAGGCAUCUUGGAAGAUGCAGAGUAUGAAGAUGGAAAUGAGGAGAGCGAGAAAGAGAAGCUGGCUCCUGGGGAUGCUUGCAGAGCAAAGGAGCCCAGCGGCAACAAGGAGCAAAAGCUGGAGAAGAAAAUCCUGAAAGGACUAGGAAAAGAAGCCACCCUACUGAUGCAAAGCUUGAAUAAACUGAAUACUCCAGAAGAGAAGUUGGACCUAUUGUUUAAGAAGUAUGCUGAGUUGCUCGAAGAACACCGUGCCGAGCAGAAAAAGCUGAAGUACCUACAGAAGAGGCAGGCUCAGAUCACCAAGGAGAAGGACCAGCUGCAGAGUGAGCACAGCCGAGCCAUCCUUGCCCGCAGCAAGCUGGAGAGCCUGUGCCGGGAGCUCCAGAGACACAACAAAAACCUCAAGGAGGAAACAAUUCAGAGGGCACGAGAGGAAGAUGAGAAGAGGAAAGAAAUAACUAAUCACUUCCAGGGCACACUGAGUGAAAUACAGGCUCAGAUCGAGCAGCAAAGUGAGAGGAACAUGAAGCUCUGCCAAGAGAAUACGGAGCUGGCAGAGAAGCUGAAGAGCAUCAUUGACCAGUACGAGCUGCGGGAAGAGCACCUUGAUAAAAUAUUUCAGCACAGAGAACUUCAGCAGAAACUGGUAGAUGCCAAGUUGGAACAGUCUCGGGAAAUGAUGAAAGAAGCUGAGGAGCGACAUCAGAAAGAGAAGGAAUAUCUCCUGAACCAAGCUGCAGAAUGGAAGCUCCAGGCCAAAAUGCUAAAGGAGCAAGAGACUGUCCUGCAGGCACAGAUCACUCUCUAUUCUGAAAGGUUUGAAGAAUUUCAGAAAACAUUGACCAAAAGCAAUGAAGUGUUUGCCACAUUCAAACAAGAGAUGGAAAAAAUGACAAAGAAAAUGAAGAAGUUGGAAAAGGAUACUGCUACAUGGAAAUCCAGGUUUGAGAACUGUAACAGAGCAUUACUGGACAUGAUUGAAGAGAAAGCCAUGAGGUCCAAGGAAUACGAGUGCUUUGUGUUGAAAAUCCAGAGACUAGAGAACCUUUGCCGUGCUCUGCAGGAAGAGAGGAAUGAAUUGUACAAAAAAAUAAAGCAAGCACAAUAUCCAGAAGAGGUGAAUGGAAAUGGCAUCUUAGAAGAAGAAGAAGAAGAAGAAGAAGAAGAAGAUGCUGACACAAGCCCUUCCCCCUCUGAGCAGGCGAGCACUGAGCUGCAUGCAAGUGACAAGAGAAUGCUGAAGGAGCUGGCUGAAGGUUUCAGUGUGUCCCACAAGGCAGAGGAGUCCCUCCCAAGCAACAGCAGCAAUCCAGAGACCUGUGACACUCAAACGUGUAAUGCUGCCCCGGAGCCAGAACUCCCCACUCCUCUCACCCCACAGUCAGAGUCUGGGAAACACUGUGAGCAGCCCAGCACAAGCACACCAAUAUCCACUGAGCACGUGCCAGCACCCACUGAAAGUAUGACAACACCCACUGGGAACAUGCCAAAGCCCACCAAAAGCAUGCCCGCACUUCCAGGAAGGGUGCCAAUGCCCACAGAAAGUGUGCCAAUACCUCCCAAGAGUGUGCCAGUAUCCACUGGGAAUAUGCCAAAACCCAUUGAAAGCAUGCCAGCAAGCCCCGAAAACAUGCCAACACCCACACAAAACAUGCCCCCUCCCCUUGGGAAUAUGUCAGUACCCAUGGAAUGUCCACCAAAAGCUACAGAAUGUGUGGAUGACCCAGCAGAUAGAUCUGUCCAAGGUCAGUUCGCUGAGCAAAGAGGGGACGCAGACAUGGAAGCAGUGGAUUGAAGACACUGGUGUGUCCAGGCUUGUCUUCUGCAAACCAGAGCUCUGCUUUGUCCUCUAAAUGGAUACCUUUUUUUUUUAAAGAAACAAAAAUGUGGAUGAUAAAACACACUCACAUAUCUGAAGGCAAAUGUAAUGCACUUCUCUUUGCUACCACUAUCCAGUAAUAAUGAGUCUGCAAAUUUUGCAAUCCUUCAUCUGCUUGAAGUAUAAUAUUUUCUUAAUGACAGGAAAAUACAAUAA